AUGUCUUCCACAGAUGACGACGUCGAAGUUCAGUAUUUCACAAUACGAGAUUUCAAAUUUCAAGAUGGUACUGCUCUUCCUCAGGUGCGGCUGGCAUAUCGAGAAUUCAACCGAACACGGCAAAAGGUUGCCCUGGUUCCGACCUGUUUCCGCGGACGCAUAAAUUCCACCCUUAAUUUCGCCAAGGGCGCAUUGCAAGACUAUCGAGUUAUCGUGGUAGCUCUAUUCGGCAACGGCGAGUCAUCGAGUCCUUCGAAUACCCCGGGUUUCCCUCAGACCUUGGAGUAUCGAGACUGCGUUCGCGCACAACAUAGACUCAUCACCGAGCACCUUCAUAGGGAAUUGCUUCAUGUCAUAGUCGGGUUUUCCAUGGGCGGGCAAUGCGCAUAUCACUGGGCCGCAAUGUUUCCGAGUAUGGUCGCCAAUGCUGUUGUCAUUUGCUCAUCGGCAAAGACAAGCCUGCACAACUACCAGUUCCUGGAAGGGCCCAAGGCUGCUCUCGAGAAUUCCAUUGACUAUGUUGAUGGCAACUUCCGAGCCGGGAAUAAGCACCCUCCUUUGCGGGGGCUGCAUGCAUUCGGACGCGCGUAUUCCGCCUGGCUGACCAGCGCCGACUGGUUCGAGCAACGCUUAUUUGAGAAACAAGGAUACAAGACCCUCGGCGACUGGGCAGCUGUUAUUGCAGGCAAAAACUACGACGACUGGCAUCCAGAUGAUCUGCUGGUGAUGCUGGGAAUGUGGCAGCGGUCUGAUAUCAGCGUACACGGGGGUUCCGUUCCUCUGGCCGAAGCUCUAGGGCAUAUCAAAGCGACGCGAUUUCUCCUCAUGCCCUGCCAGAGUGACCAGUAUUUCCGGUGGGAAGCUAGUACGAGGGAGGCCCAAUAUCUCGGAAAUGCAGAGUUGGCCGUGAUCCCCUCGGUCUGGGGCCAUCUGGCUGGCAGUGGUUGUAAUCCGGAGGACAAUGAUUGGAUGGAUCGCAGAAUUGCUCGCUUUCUCCAGUAUGAGAAACAGCGGACGGUCCGACGCUGCCGGAGAGAAGCAAAGCCACCUCUUUGGUACUCAUGUUUGAAGGCCUCAGCCUAUGAGUAUCUUAUAAACUCCCCAGUCCGUAAGAGUGAACUGCCUGGAAUUCAGUUGCAUGCUAACUGCACUUUCUGGGCAUCACGGAAAAUGAAAGAUCCUAUUGAACUGGAAGCUAGCUUGUCGGCUUAUCUCAAUGCAGUCCCUGCAAGUUAUUCGCUGGCUAUCCUGGGGGCAGUCGUCGUAUAUGCAGUCUACAGGUGGCUCAUUGCAACCGACAUCCCUCACAUUAAAGGGCUACCGGAAAUCCCAGGCGCAAUCCCCGCCUUUGGCCAUCUUCUCAAAUUGGGUGACGACCAUGCCAGCGUUUGCGAAGGCUGGUGGCGAAAGUAUGGACAUUCGGUUUAUCAGAUCCGACUGGGAAACACGCGUGCCGUGGUCGUGAACUCGUUCGAAGACUGUCGCAAAAUGCUCCUCGGUCACCAGAACGCCAUAAUUGACCGCCCUAAACUAUAUACUUUUCAUGGCAUUAUCAGCAGUACGCAAGGUUUCACCAUCGGGUCAUCUCCCUGGGACGACUCGUGCAAGAAGAAGCGGAAAGCUGCAGGCACUGCCUUGGGGAGACCUGCCAUGCGAAACUACAACGAGAUGUUUGAUCUGGAGAGCUACUGCAUCGUACGAGACCUCAAGCGAAGCAGUGAAAAUGGUCAGGUUGAACUCAAUGUCCGGCCGUUCAUUCAACGGUAUGCACUGAACACAACCCUAACAUUGUGCUAUGGCAUCCGCAUGGAUGAAGUCUACGACGAACUACUCCGUGAAAUCCUCUACGUGGGAUCCGCCAUCUCCCUCCUGCGAAGUGCAUCGGAGAACUUGCAAGACUACGUGCCGCUUCUACGCUACUUGCCGAACAACGAGAAGAAUAUGCGGUCCAAAGAGCUGCGCGGACGUCGAGAUGCCUAUUUGAAUCUACUCCUCGACAAAGUCCGCGCCAUGAUCAAGAAAGGCACCGACAAACCCUGCAUCUCUGCUGCCAUCCUCAAAGACGAGGAGACAAAGCUCACUGGAGUGGAGGUGUCCUCCAUUUGUCUUUCGCUAGUUUCUGGCGGGUUUGAAACUAUUCCAGGCACGUUAACGUCGGCUAUUGGCUCACUUUCGACGCCCGAGGGUCAAGUUUGGCAAGACCGUGCAUAUGCAGACAUCAAGAAACACUAUCCCGAUAUUCGUGAUGCCUGGACUGACUGCAUCCUUGAAGAAAAAGUGCCUUAUAUUAAUGCCAUCAUUAAGGAAGCUGGCCGUUACUAUACCGUGAGCUCCAUGAGCCUGCCUCGAAAGACAGUGACUGAGGUGAAUUGGAACGGUGCGAUAAUUCCACCAAAGACGAUGAUUCUGAUUAACGCCCAAGCUGGCAAUCAUGACAUUGAUCAUUUCGGCCCGGAUGCUGGAAAAUUCAACCCGGAACGAUGGCUAAAAUCAAUUGAUGAACCAGCGGAAAAAGAGACUGUUGGUCUAUCUCACUUGAGCUUUGGGGCUGGCUCUCGAGCCUGUUCUGGUCAAGCUAUCGCCACACGCCUGCUGUAUGCUGCUUUAGUCCGCCUUUUGUCAUCGUAUAAGAUUGUUGCGAGUGAAGAAAACCCGCCCAAUACAGACUAUGUGGACUAUAACCAGUUCAAGUCAGCGCUUGUCGCUAUACCAAGGGACUUCAAAGUAAAACUUGUCCCCAGAGAUGAUGCAAUGACAACUGAGUGUUUGGGAGCAGCCGAAGCGCGCACGAAGGAUCAUUACAAGGAAUGA